AGCAGAAACAAACCAAAGGAGAGGAGAAAACUGAUGAAAGUUUGACUGUGAUAGAUAUGCAAAGGAUUUGGAAAAACGCAUCGGCCGCAUGGAAAGGUUAAUCCAAGAGGCCAAAGCAUCGGAAACAAGAAAGUCUCCAGAUAUAAUAUAUGAACUCGAGAAGAACAAGAGCAUUGUCCGUCGAAAACCGCGAGUAGAAGAAAGCGAUCGAUCAACCACUUCCAUCCCUAUUACUACUACGACUACUACUACUAGCAAUAAAACAACAUUAUCAAACCUAUUUGAGGAGUACGGCAUAUUGAAUCCCAAGCAAUGGCUUCCGGGUGUUAAGUAUGAUACUAUUCAAUACUUAGGCGAUCUUUCCACCUUCCAGUUCCUUGGGAAUAGGCUUGACUUGUCACGUGAAAUGAAAUGGGAAGGAUACACUAUAAAAAGGUUUGGAGAGGAUACAGUACUGGUUGCUGAUAGAAAGGAAGCAAACGUGCAGCAAUACAGUCGCCUCAUUCCAGAAAUUCGAUGGCCAAAAGGAAUGGAUGCCCAAGGCGAAGACAUACAUCAAUACAUUUAUGCCGUAACGGGCCUUGACAAGCACACAGCGGCUCGACUGUUAAAGAUGUAAAGUAAAAAAGUAACCCACAAUUAGCCCAAAGUUUCUUACGGCAAUACGAUAGAUACUUUGCAAACGUACAUCCCAUCCUACCAGUCGUUGAUAAGACUGAAUUUAUUGAUCAAUAUCGUGGUAGAAUGGAUGCGUUCCCUUCUGGUGAUCUGCUGAAUGCCAUGUUUGGUGCAGCCGCUCGAUUUGUAGAACACCAAAGAACAGGUUAUGAAGGACAAAGAGAGCUGCCUUCGGAUGUGAUGUUGGAUGUGUCUAUUGGAUGGUCAAACAGCUUUUUUGAUCGAGCAGAACAUCUGCUACUGAACUGGUCGACAACACCAACGCUUUCAAAAAUUCA